CAUCGCGGAAAUAGUAUUUGCUGCGGAACUGACAAGAUGUCAGCGGCCAUGAAACUGUCAAAUUUUCCAGGCGAUGUCAAAUUCCUUGUGAUUUCUCUCUUAAUCUCCAUACAUCUGUCUUUGACAACCGGGACCGCAAAUGUCCAGAGAUACUUUGGGUCUAAAACUGCUUACGAGCUCAUUCAUCCGCCACCUGAAAUCGUUAUCGAAGACGAGUUUAAUUCCGUUCAAGUUGGGACGUUUUCAUGCUUGGCUGCACAUUCCAGUUCUGUCAUGCGACAUGGUGCUAGGUACCCAGGUCUUGAGGAUGUCCAGAGCAUAUCGAAGAUUCACAAGGACAUUUAUGAUAAAUUGACUUCUGACAAAUUUCAACCACUGAAAGAGUGGAAGAAUUCUUUUCCUCAAAAUAAUGAAAAAAUGUUAAUGGCUUUAGGGGAAGAGGAACAGAUUCAUCUUGGUCACAGAACUGCAAGACGAUUAAGAUCGUUAUUUGUAGAUGAAGAUAUGGAAAAUUUUAGAUUUCUUGUGUCAAGCAAACAGAGAACUCAGGAAAGUGGAAAUGCUUACCAUGAAGGGUUUUUACAGGCUUUAAUGGGCGACUCCGAGGAAGGAGACAUGGAUUCGGAAUUGAGCGAUGAAACUUUGAGGUUUCAUGAAAGGUGUCAAAAGUACAUUCAUACAGUUGGCAAGAAUAAAACUGCUAUCAUGGAAUUUUAUAAAUUUCUUUCUGGGAAAGAAAUGACCAACAUUAUGAAGAAAGUCAGUUCUAAAUUGGGAAUUCCAGAAGAUCUCCUAAAAACAGAACAUUUACGGACAAUGUACCUUGUGUGUGGAUAUGAAACAGCCCUGUACCAGUCUUCCCCAUGGUGCAGUCUGUUUGAUGAGGAGGAUUUCAAGGUGCUGGAAUACCUGUCUGACUUAAAGCACUACUACAAGAAUGGCUAUGGACACAAGAUAACAGCAAUCCAGAGCUGCCCAUUGGUCACAGAUAUCUUCACCACCAUGGACGAUGCUAUUGAAGCAAUGGAAACUGAAGUGGAUGAGGAGGAUUUGAACGGGUAUGUUCUGGGAAACUUCUACUUCGGCCACGCGGAGACUCUGGGACCUCUGUACGCAGCACUGGGGCUGUUCAACGACACACUACCUCUCACUGCUGAUAACUACCUCCAGCAAAGCAGUCGUCUCUUUCGGACCAGUGAAAUUCUGCCCUUCUCUGCCAAUUUAAUGCUGAUUCUAUAUGAAUGUGACCAGAAUGAUGAACUGCUAACUGAAAGUGAGGCUGCGGAUGAAACAAGGGAGACAACUCAGUACAUGUUACGACUGUACGUGAAUGAAAAAGUAAUGAAAAUUCCUGGCUGUGAAGACUUAACUUGUCUCUACAGUCAGGUUAGAAAGCGAUUUGUAGAUCUCAUUUCCUGUAAUUUCAGUAAAGUUUGUGACUACAAUGGCCGACCAAGAGAUGAAUUGUGAUUUUUAGCCAUAUUGCUAUAUACACAUAUGCCAUCACCGUAACAUCUCAAGUGCUAAAUUUGUCACCUUCAUAUGCAUUGUGUAUUUCAUUUCAUUGUGGGGCGGUGGGGUAGCCUAAUGGUUAAAGCGUUGGCUCGUCACGCCGAAGACCCGGGUUCGAAUCCCCACAUGGGCACAAUGUGUGAAGCCCAUUUCUGGUGUCCCCCGCCGUGAUGUUGCUGGAAUAUUGCUAAAAGCGGCGUAAAACCAAACUCAGUCAGUCAGUCAGUCAUUUCAUUGUGUUAUGUUUGCUUCCUGUAUUGCUGGAAUCUGUAACUGGUUUUUAAAGUAAAACAAUUCAGCUGCUUAAAAUGUACAUAAUUCUGAUUAAAAAGUAUUUUUAUCUUGUAUA